UGGUCUCCUCCAGAAACAGAUCAAAACUUGUCUUUGGGGAGGUUGGCUGGAAACUAAAGAGGUCAUGGAGAGAAAUGAUGCUGCCUUUCCCCAAACACCAGACCCUACACAACACUUCCACAUAGCACUGCUGGAUCAGAGACGGAGGCUGCGUGGCCAAAUUGCUCACCUUCACAAGGUGGCUCGUAAACUCAACAAGCUCCGCAAAAGGUCCCUGAUUGCCAAUGUCAGCGGGAGCACCCUGACCGCUGCGGGAGCAGUCACAGCCAUUGUGGGGCUGUCCCUGAGCCCAGCGACGCUGGGAGCCUCUCUCCUGGCAUCGGCUGUGGGUCUGGGUCUGGCCACUGCUGGGGGGGCCGUCAGCAUCACCUCCGAUCUCUCUUUAGUGCUUUGCAAUUCCCAGGAGGUGAAGAAGGUGCAGGAAAUCGCAAUGACUUGUAGGAAACAGAUGAGGGAAAUCCUCAGCUGCCUGGAGUUCCUUCGCCGGGGCCAGGGCCCGGGGGACCCCACACUGCGCCAGUCGGAGAAGAGGGCCUCCAUCUCACUGUACAACUCCAUCUGCUUCAUGGUCUUCUGCAGCUCCCACAGCUUCCUCGUGCCAGAAUACACAAAGGAGGUCACAAAAGUGAGCCAGGCUGUUCUGAAGGCCAAGAUCCAGAAGCUGGCUGCCAACCUCGAGACCUGCACCAGAGCGAUGGAUGAAGUCUGUGAACUUCUUGAGUCCAGGACAGAGCUUUCCCCACACAGAAGACUCAACCUGAGUGCAAAAACCACUGCUGAGAUCCUGAGACCAUCCAGCUGAAACACCAUUUGCCCCAUAAUUAAAACCAAGCUUGGAGAUAUUAUGUUAUUAAUUGUCACCGUUAGCACUGUUGCUAUCAUAAUAUUGGUGGUGCUAAUCCACACAGCUGUGCACAUCUGUCGUGUUUUAUCUAUAUCUGAACACAAACUCCUUCCUGAUAGGAAGCUAAAACUUCCACACACAUACACACUUCCCAACAACUGAUGCACGUUGGAGGUUACGAUAGACACGUGGACUAUUGUGUACACAGAAGCUGAUCCCAGAGCCUGAAGGCAGCAGUAGGCAGUCAUUCCUCAGACCCAUGUUUCCCCAGCCAUGUUUCCCCAAGGCAGCAAAAAGAACUGGGUCAAGAGGCUGAUGAAAUCCCUGUAGUCCUGGUUCUGACUGAACCUGGUUUGUAAAUAACUUACAAAUCUAUGAGUGCUAAAAGGGAUGGAGUGAUCUCAAAAAGCCAGCAGCUGCCAAUUUCCAGAAGAGUACAGUCCCAUUACCAAGGUACAUCUGGAAAGGCUAUUGAAGGAAGCAGGUCCAGAUAUGACAGACUGUAUGGAUGGAUCAUCAUCCCAGGGUGAAAUAGCAGAGGCAGAAAUUGUUAUCCCUUUUAAAGAAACCUCUCCAGGCUCAGAACUGUGAUAUUUGUGUUCUAUUUAUUUACAUAGGGUUAUUUUAAUGUUUUGAUAUUGUAUUUAAAGAUAUAUAGGUUUUUUCUUUUAUAAAGGAGGCCUCUACUCCAAAGGAAAGCAGCUGUUCUUAGAGGCAAAGCAAGUCUGUGGAAUGUGAGAGCAAGUUACCUGUUCUUUGGCUGUGAGGGAGGGCAAGUCCCUCUAGGAAAAGAAAAACAUGGCUUGAGUGCUAGUAGUUAUAAGACAGGUGAAACAGGGUCAACCAGUGACAGAUCUUAGGAACGAAAACAGGGAGAAGGACAGGUCAAUGACCCUGGGCCCAGAGCCUGCCUCAGGGCACUGGUGGAAGAAAGCAGUUAUAUUUCUUGCAGCAUGGAGGGAAGCGUAGGUUGGUGUUAUUAUUGGUCUGAGCUGGAGCCCAGCUGUGAUGGGAGCACAUCUGAGGGGUGGAGAUGCCACUCUCCAUGCAGUUGAGCAGCCUGUGAGACCCACAGCAGUUUGUCUGUGAGGGAGGAGGCAGCACUCAUGGAGAGCUACACAUACUCCUAGCAAUGCUUCCCAGGGAAGGCUUCAUGUUAACAAAAUAUAUACUGGUACUAAUACUCAGGAGGGGUGCAGAGGAGUUGGAUGAUUCAGUGGCAGAGCAGGAGGAUGGAUUGGGACCCUGUUUCAAGUUUCAAGUGACUGUUCUGCUAAAUACGUCCUUCAUGACUUUUGACCCCUCAGUGCCUCAGUUCUCUGUCUACAAAUGGUGAUAGUAGCACUACCUUACCUCACAAGGAUGUUUCUUGGACAAAUAUUGAAAAAUGCUCAAGUACCGUGAUGAUGGGGAUCGCGUCUGUACCUGGAAGAGGUACAAGGAAGAGACCCCAGAAACUAGCUUGAGACAACUAGAUGAGUUAAUGUAGAGAUAAUUCCACCUCCAUAAGUAUGCCCCAGUGGAUACGGGAAAAUUCCCUACAAAUACAUGAAUCAAAACAAUCAGAAAAACCCACUCUAAUUCUGUAACACUGAGCAAACUCUUAGGAAGGGCAACAUUUCAUCUCACAAAGCUUGAAUCCUCAUCCUUUUUGUCUCUUCCUCUCAUGACAACAUUUGUUUUUACACAUAAGAAGAACAAAAGCUUUGGUCCCUCAGAGUGUGACGCAGAUGCUUGUAAUGCCCAGGCCUGUUUGCCAGAAAUGAACAAGUACACUGCUAGUUCGAUUAAAUGAAUAUGAAGCA